UGGUUACUGUAAACAAAAAAUAAACGAUCAAUGAAUGUCUCUUACGAUGGGGUCCAAUGCCACCAAAGAACCAGACCCAGUAUCACCAUUAAUUCAAAUCAGAUUAAACAGGGAGGAACAAUUAGAAUGGUUUGAUUUUAUUGUUAAUAGCAGUGAGGAUGAACUUUAUCAACAUAUAAAGGAAAAUUCUUCCAUUAUAACAGCUGUGAUGUACUUUGAUUCUUUUAAUCAGUGUAGCUGUCAUGACUUAGAGCAGUGUCAGAUUUCGAAAACUGGCAGCAAUAAAUUAGAAAUUCUUCGUAAAUGUAUAUUGUAUGGAUUGUGUCCUCAUAUUCUCAUGUUGCGACAAGGUAUAAGUGAAAAAGACCCAUUGUUUUAUACUGAUAAUUUGUAUAACCAACUCUAUUCCGUGGAAGACUUGGACAUAUCUGAACGGUCAAAUCCGAAUCAUUGUGGAAUUUACUGGAUUCAUGUGGCAAUAAUGGCAGAGCGAUAUAGAAUCGUACAGAGUCUACUCCCUAUACUGUCUAAUUAUAAGACCAUUCUUUUAAUCAGUGUAGCUGUCAUGACUUAG